AUAAAUAUCAAUACGCAUUAUCAAGUUCUCUCAAUUCAACGUAUGGAUUAUUAGCUACACAGGACGCAGAACUGGCUCCAUCUGGCGCAAUGUUUACUAACACAACACAUGGGACUAUCAGCGCCCAUUCAAAGUCUGUUCAUGCCUCAGACAAUGCAUCAACACCUUUUCAAAACGCAGUAGAGAAAUCCACACAAAGGUGCAGUAGUGCUGAGGAUGUAAUGGUACAGGGAGUAAUUUCAUCUCAAAACUCCGUUACUAAUAACAUUUCUAGUUUGGCUUCAGCUGUUCCUAUUAAUGAGGCAUCUUACUCAUUGACGCCUAUAUUAACAGUCCAGACACCAUUCAAACGUCGCAAAAAUUUGCCGCGAUAUCCUCGCUAUGUUACAGAAUCAUCCAGACAUCAGUCAUAUUUCAACUGGUUUCAUGUAAUCCCGACUGAAAAAGAAUGUGUUAUUGCUGGAUUCUUUUAUACAGGUGAAUUCGAUCUAAUCAGAUGUUUCAAAUGUGGCAUUGGUCUUAAGGAUUUCAGUCCCGAAGACGAUCCAAUGGCAGAGCACAUACGGAAUUCCGAAUCAUGUCUUUACUUGGAAGCUAUGUUUGGUCUCGAAGGAUUGACAAAACUACGGCAAGCCAUCAUACUUCCAGAAGUCUUCAAUAUUCGACAAUCGAGUCUCGAGUUUUAAGUUACGAGAGUGAUAAGUAUCGAAGCACAAAAAGUCCAGAAGAGUUAGCUGAAGCAGGAUUGUUCUUCACAGGUUCAAUUAGUAUUUUACAUAAUAGAACAUGUAGUUAAGCAAAAAAUAAUCUAUUUCUUGCAACACUCACGCGUCAGGUUUUCAGUUUAUAAAUUCAAUAAAAAACAACACGAGCAACAAAAAGGAAUUUUAAAAACACUAAGUAAUUGUUUUAUUUAUGAAAGUUAUAAUAAUUGUACAUUUUUUUGAGUAAGUAUAGUAUGAUAUUCAUUCUGUAUAAUACAAUCAUAUUCGAGACAAAAGUGUGUCUUUACAAUCUAAUGCUUUGCUUUGACCGUGAGAUACCAGUUAGGGUCCGCUUACGUUUAUACUUGAUGUUCUGUUUUACACAUAGCCAAUGAGAGUAAUACUUUCUGAAAUUCUCCUGAAAGAAUCUCUGGAGUUCAAUAUUUGCUGUGUUCAACAAUAUGAAAAAUCUAUAUUUUAACGGGUAAUUCGCUAUAACAUUUCCUCCCAACACAACAUUUUGCGACAAUUGGAAGCGUGACAAUUUGUUUAGGCAUAUUUGUUUUACAAUUUUUACAAGGUGUGGGAGAUGAGGUUCGAUGUUUUUCGUGUAACGGAAGUUUAAGGAAAUGGGAGGAACAUGAUGACCCGUGGAUAGAGCAUUGCAAGUGGUUUCCCGCAUGUGCAUUUGCAAGAGAAACAAAAGGAGAUGCAUUCAUUGAACAAGUGCAACACAGUGCGAACGCGCCGACAACUAUGUUGAAUGACGCAACUAACCCUUCGGCAGAAGU